CACAGGACAGUCAUGUCCCAUUAUCCCAACACAGGAUGGCCAUAUCCCGUUAUCCGAACUCAGGAUGGGCCAUAUCCUGUUAUCCAAACACGGGACAUCCGUGUCCCAUUAUCCCAACAGAGGAUGGGCCACAUCCUGUUAUCCCAAUGCAGGACAGUCAUCUCCCGUUAUCCCAACAGAUGAUGGCCAUAUCCCAUUAUCCCAACUCAGGAUGGCCAUAUCCCGUUAUCCCAACACGGGAUGGGUCAUAUCCCGUUAUCCCAAUGCAGGACAGUCAUAUCCCAUUAUCCCAACACAGGAUGGCCGUAUCCCAUUCUCCCACCACAGGACAUCCAUGUCCCAUUAUCCCAACAGAUGAUGGCCAUAUCCCAUUCUCCCGCAGCAGGACAUCCGUGUCCCGUUAUCCCAACACAGGACAUCCGUGUCCCGUUAUCCCAACAGAGGAUGGCCAUAUCCCGUUCUCCCACAGCAGGACAUCUGUGUCCCGUUCCAGGCCUCUCCUCCUCGUUGAGCCUGAGGGGUCCGCAGGCGCUUCCACAUCUCCUCUUGAGCACCGGUAUCAAAGGCUCCGGCACAGCUCCGGGCACCUGACCUUGGGCCAGCGCAGGAGGAGGGAGAGCUCCGGAGCCAGCCCAGCACGGUCUCCGUCUCAUUCCCAGGGGGAAGAUCCGUUCACGGACGAAAUCGCGGAUCAGGACGUGGACGAGGCUCUGGAAGGCGGAGACGGCGCCGAGCGGAGACCGAGCGAGGCCACGGCCGCCCCGGACGGGGAAGGAGCCGCCGGGGGAACCGCGGAAGGGGGAGAAGCUUCCCAGGAGUUUUCCAAACCCGAGGAAUUCCUUAAAACCCUGGGAGAGCAGGACCAGCCCCCCAAGCCGCUGCUGAUGCCGCCGUUCCUGCAGGACGACGAGCUGGAAGCCGAGGAGGAGGCGGCGGCGCCUUCGGAAGCCGCGGAAGAGCCGCCGGAGGGUGCCCAAAACCCCCCGGAAUCGGGGCUUUCCCCCCAAAAUCAAACUGAGGGCCGGGCAGGGAAGGAGGGGGAGGAAGAGGAGGAAAAGGGGAAUAAAGCAGCGGCCGGAGGCAGCGAGGAAGAGGAGGAGGAGGAGGAGGAGGAAGAGGCUCCGGCAGCCGCGGAGCCGCAGCCGGAAGAACUGUGA